GCUAAUUCAGCUCAAAUCCUUGGUCUUGCUGAAAUGGAAAUAGCUGCUGAAAGUGGAGAAGUUGUGAAGUGUACAAGUAACUCAUCUAAUGAAGAGCAUCUAAAGGACAAUUUGAAGUUGACAUCACAUAAGGGCACUGAGAACCUCCAAAACAAACAACCCUCAGGUGACACCGUUUUGUGUGAAAAAGAGCCCAGCCACUGCAAGUCAGGACUCAUGGAUGUGCCUUGUAGCCCCAAUGUGGGAGGGGCAAGGACCUCACAAGAAAUUCUGUCCAUGGAGCCCUCAGACAUGGACAAGAAGAGAGAGGCCUUCUUGGAGCACUUGAAGCAAAAGUACCCCCACCAUGCUUCAGUCAUCAUGAGCCACCAGGAGAGACUUCGUGAGCAGUGUUUGCAGGGGAUGUUGUCUUCGCUGCAGUGUGAACUUAACAUUCAGAGAUAUCUGCUAAAAAUUGAGUCACUCCAUCAACCAAGAGUCAGUAACUGCCAGAGCAGUAAAGCAAGUGUUUGUGUAUGGAGGCAUGUGUGGGUGUGUGUACAGUAUCUGCCCCAACCCAUGAUAUGAAAGAAA